CCUCCCAAGGCUGUCACCGGCCACGGCAGAGCCCUGAGUGGAGCCGGGUGGGAAGAUGGCCGAGAAACUGGUGUCUGGAGACCUGUUCCUGAGGAAGACCCGGGACUCAGUGUCCUCCCUGGACUCGGAUAAGCUGGCGCCCAUCUCACCUGAGGCAGGAGGAGAGGAGUCAUCUGACAGCGAGGGUGAGCAGGAGGACAGUUCCCACAAGCUCAUCCGCAAGGUGUCCACAUCUGGGCAGAUGAGGAGCAAGAAAAGCGUGAAGGAGGGGCUGUUGCUGAAGCAGACGAGCUCCUUCCAGAGGUGGAAGAGGCGAUACUUCAAGCUGCGGGGCAGGACGCUGUAUUACGCCAAGGACUCCAAGUCCCUGAUCUUCGAUGAGGUGGACCUGUCUGAUGCCAGCGUGGCAGAGACCAGCACCAAGAACAUCAACAACAGCUUCACGGUGAUCACACCGUUUCGGAAGCUCAUCCUGUGCGCAGAGAACCGCAAGGAGAUGGAAGACUGGAUCAGUGCCCUAAAGUCUGUGCAGAAGUGGGAAAUCCACGAGGCCACUCAGUUCAACAUGGAGCACUUCUCGGGCAUGCACAACUGGUACGCCUGCUCCCACGCCAGGCCCACCUUCUGCAACGUGUGCCGCGAAGCCCUCUCGGGGGUCACCUCCCACGGCCUCUCCUGUGAAGUCUGCAAGUUCAAGGCCCACAAGCGCUGCGCCGUGAGAGCUACCAACAACUGCAAGUGGACGACCCUGGCCUCCAUCGGCACAGAAAUCAUCGAGGAUGAGGAUGGGGUGGCCAUGCCCCACCAGUGGCUGGAGGGGAACCUGCCCGUCAGCGCGCGCUGCGCCGUGUGCGACCGGACCUGCGGGAGCGUCCGGCGGCUGCAGGACUGGCGGUGUCUCUGGUGCAAGGCCAUUGUCCACAGCGCCUGCAAGGAGCUCUUUGGGAAGAGAUGUCCCCUGGGGCAGUACAAAGUUUCCAUCAUCCCACCAACCGCCUUGAACAGCAUCGAUUCAGACGGUUUCUGGAAGGCCACUUGCCCCUCGUCCUGCUCCAGCCCUCUCUUGGCCUUCGUCAACUCCAAAAGCGGGGACAAUCAAGGCGUCAAGUUUCUGCGCAAGUUCAAGCAGUUCCUCAACCCGGCCCAAGUCUUCGACCUGAUGAAUGGGGGCCCACACCUGGGGCUGCGGCUCUUCCAGAAGUUUUCCACCUUCCGCAUCCUGGUGUGUGGAGGAGACGGCAGCGUGGGCUGGGUCCUCUCCGAAAUCGAUGCCCUUGGCCUGCACAAGCAAUGCCAGCUGGGGGUGCUACCCCUGGGGACCGGCAACGACCUGGCACGGGUGCUGGGCUGGGGCAGCCUGUGUGACGAUGACACGCAGCUGCUGCAGAUCCUGGAGAAGCUGGAAAGGGCCACCACAAAGAUGCUGGACCGCUGGAGCGUGCUGACCUACGAGGCGCCCAAGCAGUCUCCCCCCGCUGCGAAGGAGGAGGAGGAGGGGGACGCCAACAUCCAGGCCCAGAUCUCCCACUACGCCGACUCCGUUGCCUUCCACUUGGCCAAGAUCCUGGAGUCCGACAAGCACUCGGUGGUGAUCUCGUCUGCAAAGUUCCUGUGCGGCACCGUGAAUGAUUUUGUAGCUGAGGUUGGCCGGGCUUACAAGAGAUCCACCGAGAACAAACAGGAGGCUGAGCUGAUGGCACGGAAGUGCGCCAUGCUCAAUGAGAAGCUGGACUCGCUGGUGCGGGAGCUCAACGAGGAGGCCCAGGCCAUUACAGUCCCCGAGGGACCGUCGCAGGCCCUGCUGGGAGACGCCAAGGAACGCGACAAAGAGAGCGGCUUCCACCCCAGCCCUGUGCCCCGCAUUUUCAAAUCCAAGGAGCAGCUCAUGCUGCGGGCGAACAGCCUCAAGAAAGCCCUGCGGCAGAUCAUCGAGCAAGCGGAGAAAGCUGUGGACGAGCAGAACAAGCAGACCCAAGCCUACUGCAGCACGGUGGGCCCCACCAAGAAGGACAGCUUGGAGGAGUGCAACAAGGAGGCGGAGCGGCUCAGCUCCCGGCGGGAGACCGUGACCUCCGCCACCUCCUCCAUCCUCCUCGACAGGCCCGACAGCUUCGGCACCUUGCAGUUCCCUGAAGACCCCAGCGCCCUCCAAUUUUCCGAGAAAUGUGUCAUGAAUAACUACUUCGGCAUCGGCCUGGAUGCGAAGAUUUCCCUGGAGUUCAACAACAAGCGGGAUGAGCAUCCCAAGAAAUGCAGCAGCCGCACCAAGAACAUGAUGUGGUACGGGGUGCUGGGCACCAAGGAGCUCCUGCAGCGCACCUACAAGAACCUGGAGCAGCGGGUGCAGCUGGAGUGCGACGGGGUGCCCAUCUCCUUGCCCAGCCUGCAGGGCAUUGCUGUCCUCAACAUCCCCAGCUACGCUGGGGGCAUCAACUUCUGGGGAGGCACCAAGGAGGACAACAACUUCGGAGCCCCGUCCUUUGACGACAAGAAGCUGGAGGUGGUGGCCGUCUUUGGCAGCAUCCAGAUGGCUGUGUCGCGGGUCAUCAAUCUCCAGCACCACCGCAUAGCACAGUGCCGUAUGGUAAAGAUCACAAUCCGGGGUGACGAGGGUGUCCCAGUGCAAGUAGAUGGAGAAGCCUGGAUCCAGCCCCCAGGAAUCAUCAAGAUCCAGCACAAGAACCGAGCGCAGAUGCUGACAAGAGACCGGGCCUUUGAAAGCACCCUCAAGUCCUGGGAGGACAAGCAGAAAGGCGAGAGCUACCGUGCGGCCGCGCGGCCCCGGCUCAGCUCCCAGCAGUCCAUGGAGUACCUGACGGAUGAGGAGACCAGCAUCUUGCUGCAGGUCUCACAGGUCGCCGAGACCCUCAUUGCCAGGAUCCACGAGGCCGCCAAGGCGCACCGAGCCAUGGAGCAGGAGCUGGCGCACCGUCAGGCCGUGGAGGUGGUGCUGAGCAUCAAGGCGCUCUACACGGAGACCAGGGCGUUCCUGGAAGGGAAGGCGCUGGACUCGCCGCAGGAGGAGGAGGCGCUGAAUGGCCCCCUCAGCGCACUCGGCCACGAGCUGCACAGGCUGCUCGACAUCCACUGGCUGGCGCCCAUCGCCCACUCUGCUGAGGAGGAAAAUGUGGGAACGGCCAACAAGGGCAGCUUCAAGCUUCGCCUCAACAUCCCCAAGCCCAGGAAAGAUAAAGACAAAGCGUCCAAGCAGAAAUCCAACAGCAGCCUGCCAGCAGACAAGUGGAGCUCUGAAGAGGUGGCAGCUUGGCUGGAGACGCUUGGCUUGGGGGAGUACAGAGACAUUUUUGUGCGUCAUGACAUCCAGGGCUCUGAGUUGAUCCUGCUGGAGAGGAGAGACUUGAAGGACCUGGGCAUCACCAAAGUGGGCCACAUGAAGAGAAUCCUCCAGGCCAUUAAGGAGCUCAGCAGCAUGCCCUAGACCAAGGGCGCAGCAUGGCAGCUGAGCCCAUGCCCUGGGUCCCUGUCCCAGGAUCUCUAGCCCCUAGGGACUGGUGCCCAGGGGCUGGGUGCCAGAAGGGGGGAAGCCUAGAUCCCCUGUGUGCCCCUGUGUGCGAAGCCCCCCUGCUUGCCUUGCUUUGUCUGUUCGUCCCCCAGGGCCCCUGGAGCCGCUGCUUCUCCCACAGCCUGUGGGGCUGAAGACACUAAGGUGGAGA